AAAAAAAAAAAACAACCCCGCCGCAAAAAAACCCCAAAAAAACAAGCCCAAAUAAACCCCUAUAUAUAUAUAUAAUCAAAAACAGGGGGAAAAAGGAAAAAUUACAUCCCUUGUAAAGCUGCUAAACCCCUAAAACAACAACAACAACAACAAAACCCUACGAUCUCAUCAUCGGUAUUGAUUGGAAAAAAAAAAAAAGCAAAAUUAACCAAACACCAACAACAACAACAACAACAACAAAAAUAAAAGCUGAUUUCAUUCCAAGAUGUCUCAUAGUCAGAAGGAGGAGCAGUACGUCGGACCAUACCGGUUGGAGAAGACAUUAGGCAAAGGUCAAACAGGACUGGUAAAACUGGGAGUACAUUGCAUAACUGGCAAAAAGGUUGCCAUAAAAAUUGUAAAUAGGGAAAAAUUAAGUGAAUCUGUAUUAAUGAAGGUUGAAAGAGAAAUUGCAAUUAUGAAGUUAAUAGAACAUCCUCAUGUUUUGGGAUUGUAUGAUGUAUAUGAAAAUAAGAAAUAUUUAUACUUGGUAUUGGAACAUGUCUCAGGGGGAGAGCUUUUUGAUUACCUUGUGAAGAAGGGGCGUUUGACGCCUAAAGAAGCUCGGCGUUUCUUUAGACAGAUAAUAUCAGCAUUAGAUUUUUGUCAUAGUCACAAUAUAUGUCACAGAGAUUUAAAACCAGAAAAUUUGCUUUUAGAUGAAAAGAAUAAUAUUAGAGUCGCAGAUUUCGGAAUGGCAUCGUUACAAGUUGAAGGGUCAAUGCUGGAAACAAGCUGUGGGUCUCCUCACUAUGCUUGUCCAGAGGUCAUUCGGGGAGAAAAGUAUGAUGGCAGGAAAGCUGAUGUCUGGAGCUGUGGUGUGAUAUUAUAUGCACUUCUUGUGGGUGCUCUUCCAUUUGAUGAUGACAAUUUAAGAAAUUUAUUGGAAAAGGUUAAGAAAGGUGUCUUUCACAUUCCCCAUUUUGUGCCUCCUGAUUGUCAGAAUCUAUUACGAGGCAUGAUUGAAGUGGAUCCUGAAAAACGUUUAACGUUAGAAGAAAUUCAUCGGCAUCCCUGGGUAACAGCGUGGAAUAUAGUCGGCAGUAAGUAUCACAGAAGAAACCUCGCAAGACUGCAGAUAAAUCGUAGAUCUCAAUUACUGUCUGCGAUUGGGGUGACAAGAGAUGUUCAAGGUCAAAUAGAAUUAGAGUUGCCAGUGGCCCAAGUAGUCCAGACUUCCAUUAUUCCCUCCGUAGAAGAUCUAGACCCCGAUGUUUUGUCAACUAUGAAUUCUUUACAGUGCUUUAAAGAUAAAGAAAAACUUGUACAGGAAUUAUUAAGCUCAAAACACAAUACGGAGAAAGUUGUAUAUUUUUUGCUGUUAGAUAGAAAACUUAGAAACCCUAGCAUAGAAGAUGACAUUGAAAUCAGAAGUCGGAACGAUGCAGAUCCUCCUAGAAAAAGAGUCGACGCAGUUCAACUGAAUGGCUCUCAAAGCCGACUUUCAUUAGGCAGCAUCAGUGAAGGGUCCCCUGUUGCUUCUCGGAGGGCACUUGCCAUUCAGCAAGUGAGAAAAGCCAGCAUAACAGGAAGCCCUGGUUCAUCACCCCUAUCAAGUCCAAAGUUGUCUCAACGUGCUACACCUACUAACAGCCCUACUAACACUCCUCCAACCUCCCCAAGAAUCACUCCAGCACCAUGGAAAACUCGUCUUCAUACUAUUAAAAACAGUUUUCUGGGAUCUCCUCGCUUUCACAGACGCAAACUACAAGGUAUUCCCUACCACAAUGGCCUUCUUUUUGAAAUGGAUCAGAUCUCAGUUCCUACGAGCGACGAUCUUGGUUGUACUCCUGAAUCCUCUCCUGAAAUGACAAAACGGUCAUGGUUUGGUGCUCUAAUGGGAACAGAGCGAGAAGAACAUCACUUUGUUAUCGUACGUGACAAACCCUUGAGUCAAGUGAAAGCAGAUUUAGUUCAUGCUUUCCUUUCAACUCCAGAUAUGAGUCACAGUGUUGUCUCAACUACAACGUUCCGAGCAGAAUACAGGAGAUCCAGCAGUGCUUCCAUGUUUUCCCGUAAUGUUCGAUUUCAAGUGGAUAUCUCUCCCUCACCAGGUUAUGAGAACAACGGAGAAUCCUACUGCUUGACAUUUACCCUGAUUUCAGGGCCAACUCGACGCUUUAAGAGAAUCUGUGAAUACAUUCAAGCUCUGUUACUGACUCCACGUGGAGAGAGAGAAAUAACUCGAAGAAUAAGCACUGACAGUUCUUCAUCAUAUUCAUCGGAAAUGUCGCCUACCCAUAACGCCAGUCCCCGAGAUACUACGGAAGAUGAGGUAACGAUAAUGAAAGUAGCUCGAAGUACUAUCAUGACUACUCCAUCAACUCUACGACCAGGAGAGAUGAUGAAAGAAGCUAGAAGUUCGAUCAUGAGUGGUUCAUCGACUUUAAAGCCAGGAGAGGCUUUUGACAAAGAAAGAAGAACUCCCAAUCCACAAAGAAAGGACAUGUUCCGAAAACGGUCUGUGACUACAGAACAUACUGCCACCACAGAAAAGGUCUGACUGAAUGUACCAACCAAAAUCCGCAACUACGAAAGGAAGAACCACACAGGGACAGUUGACUGACAAAUGGUUGUGACAAUUGCAACUGGUUUAAUAAAUCUAUUGUGACUAAGAGAUGUCCAGACCUAAUUGACCACCGCCACUAUCUCCAUCUUGUACUCCUACUCCUACUACUACUACUACUACUACUACUACUACAACUACUACUACUACUACAACUACUACUAUUGCUACACUGUUUCUAUUACUAAUAAUAUAAUAAUACUUUUGAAAUAGCCAAUCUGUCAAAAAAUGAAUUUUUUUGUCCUUAUACUUGUGUGUUAAAAGAAGCCAAGAAAAAUGUUUUAUUAUUUUAUUGAGCGUUGACCAAU